AUGUCCACAAAUGCAUCCUCCUCUGACCUCUUCCUAUCACUCCAGACACUGGGUUUACCUGAUUCACACAUUUAUCCAGCGUUUUUCUUUGGUCUUUUCACAUAUAUAACCAUAAUGUUUUUCAACAUGUUGGUGUUAGUGGCUAUUGCUGUGAGUAAGAAGUUACAUAAACCCAUGUUCAUCCUUCUGUUCAACUUGCCAAUCAGUGAUAUGGUGGGUGCUACAGCUUUUUUUCCUCACCUUGUUUUGAGCAUUGUGACAAAGAACAGACUGAUUUCUUAUCCCGCAUGUAUUACUCAGGCAUUUAUGAUUCAUUUCUAUGGUACAGGUAACUUGCUGAUCUUGAGCGCUAUGGCGUAUGACAGAUAUAUUGCCAUAUGUCAUCCUCUGACGUAUAAUAUUAUCAUGAGUCCGCAUAAAUUAGCUAAAAUGAUUAUUUUAGUAUGGCUGAUUAGUUUUGUGAUAAUUGGUGUUCUAAUCUUACUAUUAGCACAGUUACAGUUGUGCAGAACGCAUAUUAUAGAUUUGUUUUGUAAUAAUCCAUCCUUACUGAAACUGGCUUGUUCUGGCACUAGGGUGAACAGCCUCUACGGAUUAGCAGGUAUUGUUUUUCUCCAAGGAGGCUCGUUGUUAAUAUUAGUGUACACAUACGCACAGAUAUUAUACACAUGUCUUGUGACUAAUCAGUCCGAUGCCCGGAGAAAAGCCAUACAGACAUGUGGGUCACAUUUAGUAGUUUUCUUGUUGUUACAAAUCAAUACUCUGUUCACACUUACAGCUCACAGGGUUAAUAAUACAUCCCCUUACCUGAGGAGGGCCCUGGGAGUGUCCAUUUUAAUAUUUCCUCCUUUUUUGGAUCCGAUUAUAUAUGGAUUGAAAACUAAAGAACUGAGGCAGGCAGUAAUAGUGUUUCUAAGGAGAAAUAGAAUUUAA